UCUCUCUACAUCUCUGCCUGCCGUCAUCGAUGCUCUCGGCUCUCGCUCUCCGUUGCCUACUCGCCUCCCUCCGGGAAGCCUCCGCUCUCAAAGCCGCGGCCCUGAGGCCUCAAUUCGGUUGUUGGAGGGUGAGUUUAAAAAUGGGCCGUCGCUCCUCGGACACAGAAGAGGAGAACAGAAGCAGAAGGAAGAAGAAGCACCGCAGGCGUUCGUCCUCAAGCAGCUCCUCAGACAGCAGGACGUACAGCCGGAAAAAGUCUGGGAGGAAAUCAAGGUCAAGGUCACGCUCUCGAGAUGUCCAGUCACGUUCACAUUCAUAUGAGAAAAGGCGCAGGCACAGAUCGAGCAGUAGUUCUUCAUACGGCUCUAGAAGAAAACGCAGUCGCAGCCGAUCAAGGGGCAGAGGAAAAUCCUACAGGUCUCAACGAUCGAGGUCAAAAAGUAGAACGAGGAGAUCGCGCUCAAGACCUCGACAACGUUCUUACAGUCGGAGUAGUGAAGGAUCCAGUCACAGGAGGACUCAUAGUGGGUCUCGUGAAAGAGAGCGGCGUAAAGGCAGAGAGAAAGAAAAAGGCAAAGAGAAAGGGAAAGGCAAAGAGAAGGAGAUCUGUGGCACGAAGCUGGGGGAUGCUGGAAACAUCAAAGCUGGAUUAGAACAUCUGACUCCUGCCGAGCAGGCCAAGGCUCGAUUGCAGCUGGUGCUGGAGGCUGCAGCUAAAGCAGAUGAAGCCCUAAAGGCUAAAGAGAGAAGUGAAGAAGAGGCAAAGAAAAGGAAGGAGGAAGACCAAACCACCCUGGUAGAGCAAGUGAAACGAGUGAAAGAAAUUGAAGCUAUUGAAAGUGACUCCUUUGUUCCACAGACAUUCAGAUCAAGUAAAGAAGUCAAAAAGACAGUAGAACCUCCCGAACUAAAAUACGAACCCAUAACUAUAGGAGCAGGAUCUGUUGAAGCAUCUGCCUCUGAAAAAGAAACACUGCCUGCCAAUAUUCCUACUGCCAUCAAAUACCAGGACGAUAAUUCCUUAGCACAUCCAAACCUGUUCACUGAGAAGGCAGAAGCAGAAGAGAAGUGGUUCCAGAGGCUGAUUGCUCUGCGGCAGGAAAGGCUGAUGGGCAGUCCAGUGGCCUAAGCAAAGUGAUGCAACCAUCGUGUAUGAGUUCUCUGUGAGCACUAUGAAAUCCUACCAUUAAAUUGUUUAAUUUUUCUCUUUUGAGAGGAUUUUAAUAGUCAGGAGGAGUUGUACAGAGAAUAAAUAUUUCAUCUGAAUACACAAGAAUGUUCCAUUCUGCGUUUUUUCCCAGUUCAUCACUGUGUUACUUGGGUUGCUGAGAAGGGAAGGCUAUCCUAGACAUACAACUUCCAGAUCCCCCCAAAAUAUAUAACCAUGUAACAGAUUAAAGAGAAAUGAAAAAAAAUAAGGCUGUCAAAAAAAGUUCAGAUUUACCAAUGCUCAGACAGCUGGAGUACAAAUGAUGCCACCCUGGGCCGUCAGAUCUUUUGCAGCUGAAGAAGGAUCCAGGGCAAAUUAUACUGCUGUUAUCUUUUCUUCCUUCCACUGUGGGCAGUCUCGUUGCCAAGGGGCCACCUGAACUGACGCGCUCUGCCCCUCACCUGCCUCACUUUUGGUGGUCUUAAGUGGGAAGAAAUGCUCUUUCAAAUUUUCCUCAUUGUCCACCCACUGCUGUCAGCAUCCUGGGCUUUAUUUAGGGAAAAACCAUGUUGCUCUUUUAAAUAAACCUGUUACGUUUCCAGCAGUUUUCAAUAGCUGUGUUUCCUAUGCAAUUUUAAGCAUAUUAAAAUGAUUGAUAAGCAGUAAGAAACAGUUUUCUCUGCAUUCUUAAUGGAAAAUAAUAUAAAGAUUGUGUCUAUUGAUGCAGACCUUUGUCAAAAAGAAUAACAACAUGCCUAUUUCUGUGCUGAGAGGCUGCUCUCAGUGUCUGAAGUUUCCAUUUGUCCAGGCCUGUCUUUAAAAUAAUGAAAGAUUAGUCAAAUUCGGCCAUGGCAGAAUUCUCCCUAAAAUAUAUUUACAAAUAAAAAAGUCUGCCCAUCAUCCAACUAAAUACGAGAGAGAAACAAAACACAGGCGUGUUUAUUUUGAGGUGUCUAGCAGAUCUGUGGAAAAACUAUGAUAUUGAUAGGAAACUCAAAUAAACCUGCAACUUCUGGACAUAAAUAUCUUAUGGGGAAUGACCUACAUCCGCUCUCCUUUGUGAAUGAAGAAAUUCAGAAGGUUUGUGUGUUUGUUUGCUUUUCCUUAAGUUUGUUGUUGCUAAUUGAGGGAAGAAGAUUCUGGAAGUGCACUUUGGCCGUCUGAGUUUUGUUUGGAUCAUUGAUGUAAUGGGAAAAUAUAUGAAAUUAGCAUUUGACACAUUGUCAGUUUGUCAUUAUGAGCAGUGUGGGUUUCACGUGAUCCCACAUUAAAAGUGCCGACUGUCUGCAAGAAACACUGGAAAAAAACCUUUUCCCUUGUUUCAUUUCAGCAUUUUCAAGUAGCAAAUAUUCGUUAUUGUCCUUUUUCCUAAUCACCUCCUGUGUGUCUUUUAUAGUAAAUAAACUUUGAUUGAUCUCCA